GCGUUCGGCGAUCUUGUCGCCGAAAGUCUUGAAGGAAACGGAUGGAUUGUCGAGAAACAGCCUAUCGACAACGGCACUUCACGAUUCAACAUUCUGGCUACCCGUAAACCUUUGAAAGAAACAACACCUCGAAUUCUGUUCAACACCCAUCUCGAUACCGUUCCUCCCUACAUUCCACCCACGGAAGACGACUCGCACAUCUACGGUCGCGGGUCGAAUGACGCAAAAGGGCAACUGGCGUGUAUGGUCUCAGCUGCCCAGGCUCUGGUGAGGUCUCAUCCGGACGUUGCAGAUCAACUGGCGCUUCUCUUCGUCGUUGGGGAAGAAGUCGAUCAUGUAGGAAUGAUGGUCACUCUGCGAUGCAAAGGUGUAGCGGGCCAUUCCGGGUAUCCAUCCGAAGGGGAAAGUGCAAUCCACAAAUUGGUGCCCAUCCUGAGCGACAUUCUCAACUUUAGUUGGCCAAGUGAUCCUGAAUUUGGAGCAACCACUGUCAACAUUGGCCUCGUCGAGGGAGGGCAAGCUUUGAACGCAUUGGGGCUGAGAGCGCUUCGGCGAAGAUCUUCCUGCGA